AUGGAAAGAUUAACAGCAACAUCAGAAAGAAUAAACGAAAACUUAGCAGAAUUAGAAGAAUAUGCAAAGCAGUACAAAUUCUUAACUGGGAAAUACAGUACCAAUCCACCUGAUCCACAGGAAGAAAGAAUGUUUCUUAAGAAUAUACAAGAAAUUGGAAAUAAAUUUAAAAAUUUAAGUAGAUCAACAAAAGAAAAGAUAUUUAAGCUAGCAGAUUUUUCAAAGCAAACAACAAGUUCCAAUGAAAGAAAAAUAAUUGAAAAUUUUAUUAAUGGUUUUUCUAAAAAGCUAAUAAAUGUUACAAAUUUAUUUAGAGAUUAUACAUUCACGUUUAAGAAAAAUGAGGAAAAUAAAAAGAGAUUUCUUGUACGAACAGCAAAUCCUAAUGUUUCUGAAGAACAAGUUACAAAACUUAUUAAUAGUCCUGAUUCUGGUACUAAAAUUGAAUGUUUAUUCGCGUUAAGUGAUUCCGGUUCUCAAUUAAAGAAGGAUGAAGCAACGCGACGCCAAGAAGAAAUAAAAAAAAUUAAUGAUUUAUCAGAAGAAAUAGUUGAAAUUACAAAAAUGGUCUCUGACUUGACGUUUGAGAAAAGUAUUGUUAUAGAUAAUUAUGGAGAUGAGAUAAUAGAUAUUGAAGAACAUGUAAUUAAAUCAAAUGUUGAAUUAGCAAAGACAUUAAAAUAUAAAAGAAGAAGAAAAAGAUUUUGGAGAGCAGUUAUUAUUUUCUUAAUUAUUGUUUUAUUGAUUAUUACUGCAUAUUAUGCUUUAAGAGAUGAUUGGUUCGGAUUGAGGAAUAAUAAAUAA